AUGAGCAUACGGCCCCCGUUUGUUUGCCUUGGGCUGGGCUGCACGGCGCGUGGCUCCGGAACGAACAUGGGGACUUUAUUGUCUUCUCAGGCCCGCCAACCUGCCUUUGGCUGCAUGCAUGCCAGAGAGAGGAGGGCUAUUACAUAUACCUGGCAGGCCCGUAGUCUACUCGUUCGAUUCCUGCAGAGAUCCUUCGCACCAGACAGCGAGAUGCUCGGAAUGCUCCUCUCCGCGGUGGUGCUGUUGUUGGCCUCGGCGGUCCAACCAGUCGCUGCCAACCGAUCGGAAGAUAUGCCCAUUUGCGACUACUAUGCCAGGAACAAGUACGGCGAAAACAACAAGACCACUCAGCUCAAGCUCAUGGCGAGCAUCGUCGCGCUGGCCUACGCGGGGGGCAACGGGCUGAAUGCCAGCCACUCGGACAACACAGGCAUUUUCGGAUACGGCUCAUUUCAGGAGAAACCCGUCCGUCUGGCUGGGUAUUUUGAUGGAACCAAGCAAACUGCCAACUUCAACGGCAAUCCAUCGGCGCUCAACUUCCUCGACGGCGGCGGCGUGAACCCCUUGACUGAUUAUCUCAAUGGCAGUUCCUCCUUGAUUCCCGACAUUAAGCAAGGUACCAAUCAAUAUACUCUUUUUACACAUUGGUAUGUUGCCUUUGGUCGCAUCUAUGGAUGCAGCAAGGCCGAAGAGUUUCUCGACAAAAAAUACAGAACUCUCACCCCAGCCUACGUUCACAAAUACAUGAACCUCCAGAAGCACGAGAUUGGGUAUUUCAUUCACCAGCUCAUCCUGGCUAGCUCGCAUUUUGGCUUCGCUGCCCAAGACGCCGACACCCUCGAAACAUUGAUGAACAGCCGGUACAACCUCAAGUGCAAGGCCGCGGAAAACGGCACUCUCACCUCCAUCUGCCUGAACAACAACUGCCCGCUCGCAGUCGAUAAACCCGACUGCAAAGCCUAUGACGACAUUAAACAAUACGCUGGGGAGAACACGGCCCCGCCAACACCCGGCGCCACGGGCACCUCGUCUGCCUCGCCGCCCAGCGACGGCGGAAAGUCUGACCUCGGUGGCGGUGCGAUUGCAGGCAUUGCCAUUGGCGCGUUUGCCGGUCUCAGCCUCAUCAUCGGCACCCUCUGGUUCUUCUUCCGGAAGAGGCGCGGCGACAGCGACGCCGCGCAGCGCCCCGACAGCCUCGCCGUGUCGCAGACGACGGGCGGCUACCACAACCCGCCGGCCAUGUACUCGCCGGCCAUGACGACGCAGACCCCCUUUGAACAGGGUAGCCCGGUGACGACCUACGACCCGAGCCGCCAGAGCCAGUUUACCUUUUUCUCGCAAGGCCGCGACUCUCACGUAGCAGCCAGCAGCCCGCCGCCGCCGGGCUGGACCGAGAUGGCGCCGCAGGAGCUCGACGCCGCGGAGCUGGGACCGAGCCGGCCCACGUCACCGGGACUAGGCGCCGUAAGCGGCUCGCAGACAAAGACGGGACAGGGCCCCAUGAGGGGGAGCAAAAGCCAGGGCACGGACGUUGAGAAAAUGGACAUUGACGUGUAG